AUGUCGUCGACGGUGUCAAUUUAUGUCGCCAUCAGCGUCGGCGAAGGCGUUCACAACCACUGGGGUGUUUUCAUCGAUGGACCCCGAGAAAAAGACAAAAACUUUCCUCCAGGUGGCGGGCUCGGAUGGUCGAUUUUGCUAUGA